GCAGCCCGAGAGCCCCUUGAGCAAUUUGUGGUUUGUGGUCGCUCAGUUACAUCCACAUGACCACCUUCAGACGAAUGAAUGAUUAGUACGUUGAACACUGAACAUGAUUGCAAGUGUGGCCUAAGCGACCUUGUAGUUUGUUCCUUCUCAGUGUACUGUUUCGAGCGAGCCGUCCCACAGCCGAAUCUGGGGUAGCGACAUCGUGGAGGCUCGCCCCACAUGGCGAAGGUGGGAAUGGCAAACGUUACCCGCCGAUGGAGUCUCGCGACGGGCAGAGAAGCAAGCGUGGCUCGUCGCAACAAGUUCUUGAUCAGUUGACCUUCUUCUUCCAUCAAUCCGUUGGCAUCCAUUACUGUGCAAGUCGCUCAUCCUGUCGCCCACGUCUACCAGAGCAAUCAAUCCCAAUGGCGGGCCACCUUGCACUCACUGCAGUCAUCAGCAUCAAGCCUGGCAAGGACAAGAGAUUCCUCGAGUUGUUCCAAAACUGCGCCGAUUACACGACCAAAAACGAGCCGUAUGUACUCACGUAUGAGCUCUCCAUGGCUGGUCCAGAGCUCGGUGGCAAGCUCACCGACGUAGUCGUUCGCGAAGUAUACGCGGACCAGGCGGGGUACGAGAAGCACAUGGCCUCGGCACCCGUCAAGACGAUGAUACAGGCCAUGGAGAAGGAGGACCUGGUCGAGUCUGCCAAGAUUGUCUGGCAGCAGCCGCCCAAGAUUGGCUUCAGCGCGAGGUUGUGAGCCCCGGAUCUCCACGAUUGUGUGGAUCGAGCUGGGGUUCCAAGGCCAAGUCGCGCAAGCAACCAGUGAUGGUGAUGGAAUAGACUCGGAUGGCGAACACGUGCUUUGCGAUUUUUUGUAAGAAUUAGGCAAGGACACAAUUAGAAAUUGGUCGGCAAUGGACGUCGAAUCUGUUCAAAUUAGGAGCUGACCUUUGGUUGAUCAAGAAGGAAUGAUUUGAGGGCGGGAUGCUGGGCUUAAUAGUGCCUUAGCGUACCCAAUACUGCUUAGCCGC